AUGUCCAACCUUCCAGUUGAGCCAGAGUUCGAACAGGCCUACAAUGAGCUUGUCUCCACCCUUGAGGCUAGCAGUCUCUUCGAAAAGCACCCAGAAUACAGAACCGGCUUGAAGGUCGUUUCUAUUCCUGAGCGUGUCAUCCAAUUCAGAGUCGUCUGGGAAGAUGACAAGGGAGAACUCCAAGUCAACAGGGGUUUCCGUGUCCAAUUCAACUCUGCACUCGGUCCAUUCAAGGGCGGUCUCCGUUUCCAUCCAUCCGUCAAUCUGUCUAUCCUUAAGUUCUUGGGUUUCGAACAGAUCUUCAAGAAUGCUUUGACUGGCUUGAGCAUGGGUGGUGGCAAGGGUGGUUCCGACUUCGACCCAAAGAGCCGCAGUGACAACGAAAUCCGACGAUUCUGCCAAUCUUUCAUGCGCGAGCUUUCGAAACACAUUGGUGCCGAUACCGACGUUCCAGCCGGUGACAUCGGUGUCGGUGGCCGAGAGAUCGGUUAUCUCUUCGGUGCCUACAAGAACUACAAGAACAUCUGGGAAGGUGUCUUGACCGGUAAGGGCGGUUCUUGGGGUGGUUCGCUUAUCAGGCCCGAAGCUACCGGUUACGGCUUGGUUUACUACGUCAACCACAUGAUUCAAUACCGUACCAAGGGAGCCGAAUCCUUUACCGGCAAGCGUGUCGCUAUCUCCGGUUCCGGCAACGUCGCUCAAUACGCUGCCCUCAAGGUCAUCGAACUCGGCGGUGAUGUCAUCUCUCUGUCCGACUCUAAGGGUGCCAUCGUCCUCGCUGAGGGUGUCAAGUCUUUCUCGAAAGAGGAUGUUGACAAGAUCGCUUCCCUCAAGUUGAAGCACGGAUACCUCCACCAACUCCACGCCUCUGACUCCGAAUUCUCCUCCAAGUUCCAGUACGUCGAGGGCGCCAGGCCAUGGCUCAAGGUCGGCCAGGUCGAUGUUGCUCUCCCAUCUGCCACCCAAAACGAAGUCUCCGCUGAGGAAGCCGAAGGCCUCAUCGCCGCUGGCUGCCAAUACAUCGCUGAAGGUUCCAACAUGGGUUCCACCCAAGGUGCCAUUGACGUCUUCGAGGCUAACCGAAAGGAGGGUGGCCAAAUCUGGUACGCUCCCGGUAAGGCCGCCAACAUGGGUGGUGUCGCCGUUUCCGGUCUUGAGAUGGCUCAGAACUCCGCUCGUGUCAGCUGGACCUUCGAGGAGGUCGAUGCUAAGCUCGCUGAUAUCAUGGAAACUGGCUUCAAGGUCUGCUUGGACACUGCUAAGGAGUACAUUCCAGCCAAGGAGACUGAAUUGCCAUCCUUGGUCGGUGGUGCCAACAUUGCUGGAUUCGUCAAGGUUAUCGAGGCCAUGCACAACCACGGUGAUUGGUUCUAA